AUGCCGUCCCCGAAACAGAGAAAAGUUGCCAUCGUGGGCAGCCGAUCCGUCGGCAAAUCGUCGCUGGCGGUUCAAUACGUUGAUGGCCAUUUUGUAGACAGCUACUACCCAACAAUCGAAAACACGUUCAGCAAAAUAAUUCGAUACAAAGGCCAAGAUUUUUCAACCGAAAUAGUUGAUACGGCUGGACAAGACGAGUACAGUAUCUUAAAUUCCAAGCACUUCAUCGGAAUCCACGGGUACAUGCUGGUGUAUUCUGUUUCUUCUUUGCCAUCUUUUGAGAUGGUCCAAGUUAUCCGAGAGAAGAUUCUCAAUCAUUUGGGGACGGAAUCAGUCCCUAUCGUUAUUGUAGGAAACAAGAGCGACCUACGACCUGAGCAGAGGCAAGUCAGCGCCGACGAUGGAAAGAAACUAUCGGAGAAGUUACAAUGCGGUUGGACCGAAGCGAGCGCCCGAUACAACGAAAACGUGGAGCGUGCCUUUGAAAUCUUAAUAGAGCAAAUCGAAAAGUCGCAAAACCCCGGAGAAGCGCCAGCGAAGAGCAACUGCUUGAUUAUGUGA